UUCAAGUUAUUGGAGCUAUCCCCCCCCCCCCCCUGUGAAAUCAAACUAGCACGCACCUCCCCCCUCUACCCACUCUAGCUACCCGUGAAAUGGCCUUCGAGGUGCUACUGGCCCUCACGGCGCUCAUCGGUUACUUGCUGUACAAAUGGGCCCAGCCUCCAGUUGGAUACUUUUUGAAACGGGGCGUGGUCCAUGAGGCGCCCGUUCCGCUGCUGGGCAACAUUCCGCUGCCCAUGCUGUUCGGCAAGGGCUCCUACCCGAAGCAAAGCAUUGCGGUGCACAUGCGUCUGAAGGAGCACAAGGUCUAUGGCGUCUUUAGCAUGCGCGAUCCACUGUUAUAUAUCGCCGAUCCGGAACUCAUCCGCCAGGUGGGCAUCAAGAGCUUUGAGAACUUCACCAACCAUCGAAAGGGCAUCAGCGAUGGGGGUACCGACAGCAGCAGCCUGUUGUCCAAGAGCCUGCUCUCGCUGCGCGACCGUCGCUGGAAGCAGAUGAGAAACACACUGACGCCGAGCUUCUCCAGCCUCAAGAUUCGUCUCAUGUUCGAGCUGAUUCAGGCCUGCAAUGUGGAGGCGGUGGCAUACCUGGAGCGGAAGCUGACAGAGGAUGGAGCCACAGAGCUGGAGCUGAAGGAGUUCUUCACACGCUACACAAACGAUGUGAUUGCCACGGCGGCCUUUGGCAUACAGGUGAACUCCUUCAAGGACCCCAACAACGAGUUCUUCACCAUCGGACAGCGAGUCUCACAGUUCAGUAUUUGGGUCAUCCUCAAGGUGAUGCUCUUCAUCUUGCUGCCCAAACUCAUGAAUUUCCUUCGAGUUCCCGUGAUGGACAUGAACAACAUAGACUACUUCAAGAAGCUGGUCUUUGGCGCCAUUGAGCAUCGCAAGGAGCACAACAUCGUACGCCCCGACAUGAUUCAGCAGCUGAUGGAAGCCCAGAGGAAGUUCAGAGAGGAGCAGGAGGCGUCCCAGGAGACGACCACACCGGAGGAUCGUGCCGAGUUCAACGACGAGGAUCUGUUGGCCCAGUGCCUGCUCUUCUUCUCCGCUGGCUUCGAAACGGUGGCCACUUGCCUGUGCUUCACCAGCCACGAGCUGCUCAUGAAUCCCGAGGUGCAGGACAAGCUCUAUGAGGAGAUCAUGGCAACGGAGGAGCAGCUGGGCGGCAAGCCCCUGGACUUUGACACUCUAAUGGGCCUGAAGUACCUGGACUGUGUGGUCUCCGAGUCCCUGAGAAUGUGGCCACCGGCCAUUGUCCUCGAUCGCAUGUGCGGCUCGGACGUCCAGCUACGCGACGAGGAGGGUAACCUCGUGGUGGAGCUCAAGCAGGACGAUCUCAUCAAUAUUCCUGUCAUUGCCCUGCACCACGACCCGGACAACUUCCCCCAGCCCGAGCAGUUCCGACCAGAGCGCUUCGACGAUGACCACAAGCACGAGAUAAAGCCCUUCACCUACCUCCCCUUCGGCAUUGGGCAGCGCAGUUGCAUCGGCAAUCGCAUGGCACUGAUGGAGGUGAAGGCUCUGCUAUAUCGACUGGUCCUGCGCUUCCGACUGGAGCCAGCCGAACGCACCACAACGGACAUGAUGGGCAGCAUUGCCGGCUUCCACCUGAUGCCCAGGGAAUUGUUUUGGUGCAAGCUCGUGGCCAGGGAUGGCCCGGAUGGUGAGGUAAAUGCCCUGGGAAAUUAAUUAAUCACUGGCCAUGGGCCAUGGCGGUUCAUUCCAAAGGGCAAUUUACCUAAGCCUAUAAAUAAUAAUAAAGUUUAAAGUAACACAAAAAAACAGAA